UACACUUGCUUCUGACACACUUGUGUUUGCUAGCAACCCUCCAAAAAGACACAAUGGUGCAUCUGAGUGAUGGGGAGAAGAAUGCCAUUAGUACCGUCUGGGGCAAGGUGGAUGUAGAUGCAGUUGGUGCUGAGGCCCUGGGCAGGCUGCUGAUUGUCUACCCAUGGACCCAGAGGUUCUUUGAUUCCUUUGGGGACUUGUCCUCUGCAUCUGCUGUUAUGGGCAAUGCUAAAGUGAAGGCUCAUGGCAAGAAGGUGAUUGAUUCCUUUAGUAAUGGCCUGAAACACCUCGACAACCUCAAGGGCACCUUUGCAAGUCUCAGUGAGCUGCACUGUGACAAGCUGCAUGUGGAUCCUGAGAACUUCAGGGUGAGUCUAGGACAUCCCUCAAUGUGAUCCUUCCUUUUCCUU